CCCAUUCCCCAAAACGCGAACCGGAGAAAAACGCACUCCAUCGCCCACCACAUCAGUGCACAGACAUGGCGGAUGGCGAAGCGCAGGACAAGGCCGUGCGGGAGCGAAUCUUCAAGCGCUUUGACGCCAACGGCGACGGCAAGAUAUCGUCCGCGGAGCUGGGGGAGGCCUUGAAACAGCUCGGCUCUGUCACCGGCGACGAGGUGAAGCGCAUGAUGUCGGAGAUCGACACCGACGGCGACGGUUUCAUUUCGUUCCAGGAAUUCACCGAGUUCCACAAUGCCAACCGCGGCUUGAUGAAGGAUGUCGCCAAGAUCUUCUAGUUUCUUCCUAAUAUAUAUGUAUGUGUUUGUUUUGUGCUGCAUUUCCGAUUUUCUGAUCUUGAUCACAGAUAUGAGGUGUUCGAUUUCGUGUGCGAACUGUUUUGGCUGGAGUUUUAAUUGUAGACUCCGGUAAAGGUCGUAGCCUCAGGUGGCGUUUUGUUUAUUUGAUUGAAAUUGGAACUUCGAAUGCUUUUGAUUCGAGCAAUUAUUUCUUAAUUGAAAUAAA